AUGGCAGCCGCAAAGGUAAGCCUGAAGCUUUUGAUUGACAAAAAGAGUCACCAAGUGCUCUUCGCUGAAGCAGGCAAGGAAUUUGUUGAUUUCCUUAUUACCAUUCUCGCUCUGCCUGUCGGAACUGUUAUUAGGCUGCUUAAAAAGCAAGGGAUGGUUGGCUGCUUGCAAAACUUCUACGAGAGCAUUGAAAAUUUGAGUGAUACUUACCUUCAGCCAGACCAAAACAAGGACUCUCUGCUGAAGCCUGAAGUAUACUUUUCUGGUGGUGUAGUCCCUCUCCAAUUGCCAAAUGUUGAAUCAUCAUCAACAUCCAGGAAUUUCUAUAGGUGUAACAAUAGUAAUAGCUACGGCUACAGCACCAACUGUAUUUCAUACGUGUCUGCUAACAGCAGUGCAAUCUGUCCUUCUUGCCAGAAUUCCAUGAGCCGCAAGCUAAAUUUCGUAGACCCUCCAAGCUCAAUCAAUCCAGGGUCCUCAAGUGAGGGAGGGUACGUGAAAGGGGUGGUUACAUACAUGGUAAUGGAUAAUCUGGUGGUGAAUCCUUUGUCAGCUAUUUCUAGUAUCACUCUGCUUAACAAUUUUAAUGUCAAAGAAGUAGGAAAUCUUGAGGAGAAAGUGGUCGAUUUGGGCAUGGAUGAGAAAAAUUUGGAAUCGAUGACUGAUCCAUCCCAAUACCUUAAACUGCUAAAUCAAAAAGUUGUCUUGCCCUGUAAGGGUCAGCGGGUGCUCUUCGCUGAAGCAGGCGAGGAUUUUGUUGAUUUCCUCAUUACCAUUCUCGCUCUGCCGAUUGGAACUGUCAUUAGGCUGCUUAAAAAGCAAGGAAUGGUAGGCUGCUUGCAAAACUUCUAUGAGAGCAUUGAAAGUUUGAGUGAUACUUAUCUUCAGCCAAAACAAAACAAAGACUCUCUGUUGAAGCCCAAAGUAUACAUCUCUGGUGGUGGUGUAGUCCCUCUCCAAUUGCCAAACAUUGAAUCAUCAACAUCUAGGAAAUUCUAUAGGUGUGUUCAAGGUCAUGCAUAUGUAUCUGAUGAUCGCACCACAUCUUGUCCUUCGUGCACGAGAUCAUCGAUUACUAUGACCUCGGAAUUAACUUAUGUAGACUCGCAAAGUGGAAACAAUUCGGGCUCCUCCAGUGAAGGAGGGUAUGUGAAAGGUGUGGUUACAUACAUGGUGAUGGAUGAUCUAGUGGUGAAGCCAAUGUCCACUAUUUCUAGUAUCACUCUGCUUAACAAUUUUAAUGUCAAGGAUGUAGGGGCCCUUGAGGAGAAAGUGGUUGAUUUGGGCAUGGAAGAGGGUCUUAAAUUGCUGAAGGCUUCUCUACUGACAAAAAAUGUUCUGACAGACAUCUUCCUUAAAUCCUAA